AUGAGGCGAAGAGCAACAGAUUUUCGAAGGCCAGUGCGGAGAAGGGUUCCUGAUGCGUUGUGGUGGGCAUUGUGCUUUGCAGUGGUUCUUCUCUUUAUCUAUAUUCUCACCAAAGGGACUCAGAUUGAGUCUAGACCGGCUUUGUCCAAGAGAACUUACAAAAAUGAUAGGAUUCUGGAAGGCCUUAAUAUUACUGACGAGUUGUUAAGUUCAGACUCGGUGACCAGACAACUGAAUGAUCAGAUAUCCCUAGCAAAAGCUUUUGUUGUAAUUGCUAAAGAAAGUAACAAUCUCCAAUUUGCUUGGGAACUAAGUGCUCAGAUCCGCAAUUCGCAGAUUCUCCUCUCAAAUGCUGCUACUCGGCGUUCUCCUUUAACAACCAGAGAAUCAGAGAGUGCUAUCCGUGAUAUGGCGUUAUUGUUAUACCAGGCCCAGCAGCUCCAUUAUGACAGUGCAACCAUGAUCAUGAGAUUCAAAGCAAAAAUCCAGGCUCUUGAAGAACAGAUGAAUUCUGUAAGUGAAAAGAGUUCAAAAUAUGGACAAAUAGCGGCAGAAGAAGUCCCAAAAAGCUUAUACUGUCUUGGUGUCCAGUUGACAACAGAAUGGUUCAGAGACCUUAAUUUGCAAAAGAAAUUGAAGGACAAAAGGCACACAGAGAUGAAGAUUAAGGAUAGAAAUCGUUACCACUUUUGUGUGUUCUCUGAUAACAUCAUUGCAACUUCGGUCGUAGUCAAUUCAACUGCAAAAAAUUCUAAAAAUCCCAAUAUGAUUGUUUUUCAUCUUGUCACUGAUGAAAUAAAUUAUGCUGCGAUGAAGGCGUGGUUUACCAUGAAUGAUUUCCGUGGAGUAACUGUGGAAGUUCAGAAGUAUGAAGACUUCACUUGGUUAAAUGCUUCAUAUGUUCCUGUGCUUAAGCAACUUCAGGACUCAGAAAUACAGAGCUACUACUUUUCUGGGAACAGUGAUGAUGGAAAGACACCUAUCAAGUUUCGUAACCCCAAAUAUCUGUCCAUGCUUAACCACCUGAGGUUCUAUAUCCCUGAAGUUUUUCCUGCACUGAAGAAGAUUGUGUUCCUGGAUGAUGAUGUCGUGGUUCAAAAGGAUCUUUCUGAUCUUUUUUCAAUUGAUUUGAAUGGGAAUGUUAAUGGAGCUGUUGAGACAUGCAUGGAGACAUUUCAUAGAUACCAUAAAUACUUGAACUAUUCUCAUCCUCUUAUAAAAGCACAUUUUGAUCCCGAUGCAUGCGGAUGGGCUUAUGGGAUGAAUGUAUUUGAUUUAGUUGAAUGGAGGAAAAAGAAUGUAACUGGCAUCUACCACUAUUGGCAAGAAAAUAACGUUGAUCGGACACUGUGGAAACUCGGUACCUUGCCACCUGGACUGUUGACAUUUUACGGAUUAACGGAGCCAUUGGAUCCGUCGUGGCAUGUAUUGGGUUUUGGCUACACAAACGUGGAUCCUCAGUUAAUAGAGAGAGGGGCAGUACUGCAUUUCAAUGGGAACUCCAAGCCUUGGUUGAAGAUUGGGAUUGAAAAAUACAAGCCCCUAUGGGAAAAACAUAUUGAUUACUCUCAUCCCUUAUUACAGCGAUGCAACUUCCAUUGA